UGCCCCCCCGUGUAUUUUUGGUUUGUACUAAAAUCAACGUAUUUUCUGAUUGAUUUCAUACAAAUUUACAUGUUCAUGGUUUUACAAACAAGUAUCAUUAGUCCAACGUCAGAUCGCCGACUCCUUUGCCUAUUCCUUUUUGUACCUUAUGAUAUGCCGUAGUUAAGGGCGCUCAAACUCUUGUCGAAGUUUUUUUGUUGAAAAUUUUAGGACAAUUUCACAAGGACAUCAGUUACAACCGUUACCAUGGAGGAGGUGACGCGCCUGGUAUCCUCAGGCGACUGUGUGAAGAUCUGGGACUCAGCCUCCAUGACAGUGUUGGAACAGUUCAACCCACACAGCGCUACACACCCUGUGGCCCAAGUGUGCUGGAGCAGCAACAAUCAGUAUCUUGUAAGCGCCAGCAGUAUAGGAGACAAGCUGGUGGUAUCCAGUCUCAAGUCCUCUCCUAUCCCAGUGGUGGAACUUGCAGAGGGGAAAAUGCAGACCCGCGUGAGUCUGAACUCGACGUCCCAGUACUUAGUGAGCGGGGGGCUUGAUAACUCCGUCAACAUCUGGGAUCUGAAGGCCAAGAGGCUUCAUCGUACCCUCAAGGACCACAAUGAAGAGGUGACGUGUGUGUCCUUUAAUGGCAAUGACAGCUACAUCGCAUCAGGCUCCACCAGUGGUGACAUCAUCCUGCACAGCAUCACCACCAACCUGUCUAGUAAGGCCUUUGGACACGGCACCAACCAGCCCAUCCACGACCUGAAGUACUCUGUGGUGAAGCGCUCCCUGCUGGGCAGUGUGUCAGAUAGUGGCUCUGUAGUCCUGUGGGACGCCAACACUCAGAAAGAGCUGCACGUAUUUGAUGGAGCCCACAAGGCCCCCGCCUCGGGCCUGGCCUUCUCCCCAGCCAAUGACCUGCUCUUUGUCACCGUGGGCCUGGACAAGAAGAUCAUCUGCUACGACACCUCCAGCAAGAUUGUUCUCCGCAGCAUGCGUGUGGAGUCCCCAUUGACCGCCAUUGACUUCACUCCAGACGGGGCAGGCCUGGUGGUGGGCUCCACCCAGGGCAGACUGUACAUGUACGACCUGCGCAACCUCAGCGCUCCCACCAAGACUGCCACCGCACACAAGACCUCCAUCACCAGCUUGCGCUUCCAGAGCUCCCAGAGCAGACACCUAAAGUCCAGUAAAAUGGCAUCCAGCAAGUCUUCCAGCGCUCACACAAGCAAGAGGAUCUCAGCCAGGCUGGGUAAUACCUACUUACCAACAGCCACCCACAGCUCCACCUCUGCACCCCCCUCUAGCCUGCUUGCACCCCACACGGUAGAUGGAGGGGAUGGACAGGCACAGGGCACAGGCUCCAGUGUGGAAGUGGUCUCCAGAGAGGCGGAGGGCCAGCCUGGUGCUGACCGCCUGCCCAGUCUGGACAAGUUCAGUAGCGUGGGUAGAAACAGCCUGGACAUCUUCUCCCCCGUAAGAGACGAUUACAAAGCCCAUGGGAUGGGUGGUGAUGCUCCUGGUGGAAUCAAAGGGAAUGGGACCAGUUUGGAUAUGUUCUCCAGAGAAGGAGAAGGGCAAAACAGCACGGAGAAGUUCAGCAAAGUGGGACGCAACAGUCUGGACAUUUUCUCUCCAGUCAGAGAGGAUUACAAAUCCCAUGGAAUGACUGCAGAUGUAACAAGUGGGAAGAAAGGAAACAAUCUGGACUUCCUCCCUUCCUACUCUGGUGGACCCCCACACCGCAAGACUCCACUGGGCACACCUGGAGGAGGGCGCUGUUACAGCCCCCUGUCUGUCUUCCAGACCCCUCAACCAAUCAAAGAGGAGGAGGCCGAGCCUCCAGCGCAGACAGACACACGGGACUUGAAAAGGUAUGAGAAGGGUGGUGGUUCCAGUCUGGAGGGUGAAGGCCCCACCCCACACAGCCGACCAGCACAGCUGUUCUUCACCCCUGAACCCAGCCUGAGGGCCAAUGACAUGCAGGCCCAACUGCGCUACAACACACCCCUCAAUGGUGGUCCGCCCACUACUGCACCAGCAGGCCCUGCAGUUUCUUCAGUGGUAGCAUCCUCUGUAUCAGAGAGAAUAGUGGAGGCUGUUGGAGCAGAGGGUGGAGGCGCUCCCCUCACAUCACUGCAGAUUCAGUUCAUCCGCAACAUGAUCCACGAGACCCUGGAAGACUUCAGGGACGCCUGCCACCGAGACAUAGUGAACCUCCAGGUGGAGAUGGUCAAACAGUUCUACAUUCAGCUGAACGAGAUCCAUGGUCUGAUCGAGAAGUACUCGGUCAACGACACGCUGGUGGAGGAGAUCGAGAAGUUGAGGGAGGAGAACAAACGACUCCGAGCCAAUUACUGAGAGGUUGACUUACCACCUCAUCACCCCUAGAAACAGUUGUCCCCUCAACUCAGACAGAAUGUAUUCCACAACGCAUUAGGUCUCUGUGGGACAAUGACUUUUUUUGUGUCCUGGUUUAACCCCCUUCGAUCUUGGAAUGAAUUUACUCUUCAGUGCCUUACUGGUAGUUAAAGGGUUGACCAGUAUGUUCUAUGCAAAGUGUGCUAUCAGUCACUUAAAUCAUCUGUGACCAUGGUUAUCAGUGCUGGACAAUUUUAGCCCAAUUCCAAACCGUUCUCUCCCCUCGCAUAAAGAGAGGUCAACAAGGACAGGAAGAUGCAUUGCUUAAAUACAGAGUAUACCAAACGUUAGGAACAGCUUCCUAAUAUUGAGUUGCAAUAUUUAACAAGUCACAUAUGUAAGGAAUCACAGCUUUCACUUGGUCAGUCUGUCAUGGAGGGAUGUUCUUAAUGUUUUGUGUACAUCUCUUCAGCAUAGUAUGGUUGAAGUUGAUAGUAUCUUUGGCUUUUACUGGCACACUGAAACAGAAUGAGGGCAUGCCUUUGACCAAUCAUGAUACUGUCUUUGGACUAGGCAAGAAAAUGCCAUAGUGGUCAUCAAUUUCUAAUAGUACGCAAAGUGGUGCCAAGCUCCCUCUGAAGUGUGCUUGCGCUGCCAAGUUUGCCCAUCAGUUAUUUGUUUCUUUUGUUAUUGUUGUUUUGUGAAGAGGAAUAUAAAUAGUAGAUGUGUACAAUUUUGUUAAUGUAAUUCAUUCUAGUUUCAAGGUGACUGUUCAGUUUGCACCAUGGAUGGUUCUAUAGAGACAGCAUGUUAAAAUUAUUUUAUUUAACAAUGAAAUACAGCUGCAACAAUGGCAAAAUAGGAAUUCAGAGACAAAGUACCACGAUGUAAACAUCUCUCCUAUAUAUUGAUAAAAACUAACAUCUGA